CCAAGAUUUGAAAUCAUUUGAAGCUUGAUCAAAAUUCAAAACCGUACCCAUGCCAGAGCCAAAUAUUACAAAUUCAAAAUACCCAUGAUGUAAUUGUAUUCUGUGCUGUAAUCUUAAGUUAUGGUUAUGUGAGCAGUUCAAGUUUAAGGUUAAGUUUAAAUCGUUGAAUUCAAGCUCCAGUUUAUAUUUUCAAAUUCGGAAAUAUAGUUUGUUUUAUAAUGGCUCAAGGUAUUUCAAAUCCCUUGCAAGAAGCAGUUUUGAAGAAAACAAGUGACAAAACAUUUUUACAAGAUCGAGUAAAUGGAUAUGAUUGGAGUAAAGGACUUGAUUACUCCAAACUUUUAGGAACUUAUUUACACAGUGGAUUCCAAGCUACUAAUUUUGGAAGAGCAGUAAAUGAAAUAAAUAGAAUGUUAGAAUGUAGAAAGCAAAAAAUUCCUAGUGACAAAUUCAUAGACAUAGAUGAUCCAUUCACAAUGGUUCAAAGUAAUUGUACAAUUUUUCUUGGAUACACUUCCAAUAUUGUUUCUAGUGGUUUAAGAGAGACAAUUAAGUUUUUAGUCCAACAUAAAAUGGUUGAUUGCAUAGUGACAACAGCAGGUGGUGUAGAAGAAGACUUAAUAAAAUGUUUAGCGCCAACCUAUCUAGGUGAUUUUCAUCUAGAUGGAAAAAUUUUACGAGAAGUUGGUAUCAACAGGAUAGGUAAUCUAUUGGUACCUAACGACAAUUAUUGUCAUUUUGAGAAUUGGAUUAUGCCAAUACUUGACGAGUUUCUGAAAGAACAGAAAGAGAAUGGCGUUUUGUGGAGUCCUAGCAAAGUUAUUUAUGAGCUUGGCUUGAAAAUAAAUGAUGAAAGUAGUAUAUAUUAUUGGGCUGCCAAAAAUAAAAUACCAGUGUUCUCCCCAGCUCUUACAGAUGGUAGUUUAGGUGAUAUGAUGUUCAUGCAUUCCAUCAAAAGUCCUGGAUUAGUGAUAGAUAUCCUUUCAGACUUGAAACGUUUGAAUUCAAUGGCUAUGAAAGCAGUUAAUACAGGAAUGAUCAUAAUUGGAGGAGGUCUUAUAAAACAUCAUAUCUGCAAUGCUAACUUGAUGAGAAAUGGUGCGGAUUUUAGUGUUUUCAUAAACACUGCCUCAGAAUAUGAUGGAAGUGAUGCUGGUGCUAGGCCUGAUGAAGCCAAGUCGUGGGGAAAAAUUAAACUGGGAGCUGCACCUGUGAAAGUUUAUGCUGAAGCAACCCUUGUUUUUCCUCUACUUGUCGGGGAAACAUUCGCCAAAGAAUUUUUCAAGAAUGACGAAAUAAAACUUGAGAAAUAUAUAAGUGUUUUAUUAACACAAAAUUCAGAUCAAUCACAAAAAGUGAUUUCAACAAUUACAAAUUUUGUCAUGAUAACAAAUGAUAUAUGUAUAGGAAUGUGAGCAAAAUUAUAUAAAAAAUAGUGUAAACAUCAAAAACUAUAAUAACAAACAAAACCUUCCAGUGGUGG